GUAAGACGUUUUUCAACGGUUAUAUCACCUGUUCAAAAGGGCGAUCGUAUUGCUCAGCUGAUUUGUGAGCGCAUUUACCUACCGGAGCUAGUGGAGUGCGAAUCGCUGGACGAAACUCAACGUGGAGCCAACGGGUACGGAUCCACAGGUGUCUAA